UGGGAGGAGUGCAUGCUCUCGCUACUCUCUGCACACAACACGGAUCAUCCAUUGUGCACCCCUCGUCCUUUUGCACUCUCGACCAACUCGGAGAUUGGCACGACCAACGCCGUCGUCGCCUUUUGCUACUACUGCAUCUCAUUCUCGACCCACUCUCCUUCUCGCGCUUCUUCAACGUACGCCGAUCAGCAACACAACUCACACACUACAACGCAUCCAUUUGAGCGCAGGACGCCAUCGCAAACGCCAACUCGUGGCCCAUUUACUUGGAUUCCCUUCAAGCCACCCUCAACGCCCCCCCCCCCCCCUACCUGCCUACUCUCUCCCUCCCCGCCGCUCUAGCACCACAUCGCAUAAUCACGACACACACAACGGCAACAGCAACAACAGCAACACCAUCACACACAAAGACACAACACACAGCACUCACACCCACUCGCCAUGACCUCUCCGUCCAACUCGGAGCCGUUUGGCUUGUCGCUGCCCAGCCGGCGAGCAAACGUGACGGUCACAAGACGGGCAUCAGUCCACUCGGACAAUGAGAACGAUGACUCGGUCGCCCCGCUGGGCCGUGACUCGUUGGAGGGAACACGGCGAUAUUAUGGUGUCGAUUCGUCCCCGGGACCAUCGACCAGUGCGCGCCAACGGACGCUGAGUAACACAAACUCGCCGAGGCCAGUGUCGCAGACGCCAUCAGAGUCUAGCUUCACGCUUCGUUCUCCACCUCGGUCGGCCGCGCCCUUGCCAACGCCCCGAGGCUUCCUCGCACCUCAGAAGCCCGCCGCUGCACGACGGCUAGAGCAGCGUGAAAGGAUGCCGCAGGUCACCUCGUCGGGACGUACCAGCACCGACCAGAGGCCCGUGCCGGCAGAGUACGAAGGUGUCCCUUCGCCCACCGAAUUGUCUCAGUCGUCGCACCACCACUCGCCGGCCCUGCCACCAGGACGUACCUUCAAGCUCUCGCAGGUCAAAUCGGCCGCUGGUAGUCCAAACCUCUCGCGGCCGAAAUCACCGCCACAAGCAUUCGACUCCCGGGCGGCGGCGGCCCACCCCACGCGGCGUGGGUCUGCCGGCAAGGACGCACGACCCGCCGCCGCCGCCCAGCAAGCCAUUGCUCCGCCCCGACCAAACCCGAUCCAAGCGCCACAACCAGACAGCAGCCACGGACACGGCAGUGCUCUCGGACACGGGGAUACGGCCCUGCCGACGUCGCACUCGCAGGCAUGGGAGCGGGGCACUGAUACGUCGUCGCCGAGCCACCCCCACCACCCCGACCUCUCGAGCGACCACCUUGUGACGCUCGACUCGCUUGCAGCAGAAAAGCCUCACAAGGGGUCUGCGUCGGGCACGUCGACGACCGUUGGCAGACGCACCAACUAUGAGGACGCGCGCGUACGCACCAAUGUGCACAAGUACAAGCGGUUCGACGACGACGUCCACUCGACCUUCUUCUGUGGCGGCAGACUGAUGACAGGUGGCAGCUCGCCGCUGUCGUUCAUCAUCUCGAUUAUCCUGUUGCUAGGCAUCGCCGGCGUCUGGGUCGGCACAACUGGCGUGUGGCUGUGGAAGCACGGACACCAGUACGGCCUCGCCAAGGGCGCGGGCAUUGCCAUCAACAUUGUCUUUGCCUACCUCUUUGGCCUGUCUGUCUCGUCCAUGUUCGCGGCAUCCUUCCGCGAGCCGGGUAUCCUCCCGCGUAACCUCGACCCUGACCCGCCAUACACCCGUGUCGAUGUGUACUGGGAGGCCAACCCGCGCGAGAUUCGUGUCGGCAAGGACGGCGUCGACAAGGUUGUCGUCAAGUACUGCGAGACGUGCAAGAGCUACCGCCCGCCGCGCUGCUCGCACUGCCGUCUCUGUGGCAACUGCGUCGAGGGCAUCGACCACCACUGCGCCUACCUCCACGGCUGUGUCGGUCGCCGCAACUACUUUGCCUUCCUUGUCUUUGUCAUUGCUACCAGCAUCUCCGACAUUUACGUCGUCGUCUUCUCGGCGAUCCACUUCUCGCUCCUGUGUCACCAUGACCACAUUGGGUUUGGCAAGGCGCUCCAGGACAGCCCUGGUGCGGCCGUGUCCUUCCUCCUGGGCCUGCUCACGCUCGCCCCCGUCAUGUUCCUCCUCUGGUACCACAUCCGCCUGCUGCUUUACAACCUUACGACGAUUGAGCAGAUCCGUGCGUCGGCAAGCAACAACUGGGUGCGCGCCACGACGCGCCCGUACAACCCCUUCGCGGCGCCGACGUGGGGCCGCAACGUCAUCCUUGCGAGCAUUGGCCGGCCGCAGAUCCCGUCGUGGGUCGACGCCAACGGCUACGUUGUCGAAGACAACCGCCGGGUCAACCCCGCGCUCACGACGCCGGAAAAGUAUCUCGAGCUGGUGUAA